GAGUCAAUCGCUUUCGAAGCGAUCCAAACGCAAGUCAGUAUAAAACGCUAAGAGUCUAAUUUCAAAACAACGAGUCUAGAUCCCGAUGUGCCGGAAUCACUUGGACGAAAUUCCAACUCUAUUUAGUUGAAACUCGAACCACGUUUCAACUCUGACGCCGCUAGAUGGCACCAGGUGAGCCGCUGAUACUCGGCGGAUUGUCUAGUGGUAACUCUAGUUACGUAGACGUGACAAAUAUCUUCUGCGCAAGUUCCAUAUUGCAAGUCCAAUGGAAGGAUAUUUGAACUCACCUAUCACAAGGCAGUAGGCCUGUCAUAACUGAAUCUAGAGUUGCACUCUUUUCCUUCUUUCAGAAUCAAAUAAGUACGUAAUCGAGCAUUAAAGAGUCGAGGAACAAGGAGGUUUGAGCGUAACAUCGGUGCAUUUAAGUGGACCAGACCCGAGUUUAUAAAGUACGCAUGAAGAGAAUUAAUUACACUUGCUACUGCACUUUUCACCGAGCGCUCAGAGGGUGUUCGCGUCUGAUUGGAUUGUGCUUUCAGAUACUGAUAAGACUAAAAAUAUCCGCCAAUCAGAUUCUGCUUCCGAGUGACAGAAAGCUUUCCUCCUACUCCCUGCGUUUGCCUCAUUACCACCUCCACGCUUCGCGCAGCUAUCUGUUAUUCGGUAAUAUUCUCGCUCUUUCUGCGCCGAGUUUAGUUGCUGUUUGUACGCGAAGGAGAGUGGUUGGUUAUGUUUUAGUCACGUCACGCAAUCGCACAUUGUUUUACGUUACACGGCGAACAUUUGUAUAUAAAUAUAUAUACGUAGAUACGUGGAUAUAUUUAAAAUCACGACUGAAAGGCAUCGUAUCUAUAGUUAAUUAAACGAGUCAUCCGACUCGUAAUUGUGAAAAUCGUCCGACCACAUGGAGAUGAUGCUCUCAUACAUUAUGUUGCCAACUCUACAAGUGUCGAAUUCUUUUUUCCCAUUCAAUCCUAGCCUAGAGGACGAGAUGAAGCGGCUGUUUGAUAACUGCGCCGUCAACAACGCGAAAGACUGUCAGCAAAACGUUGACGACAUAAUGGAAGAAUUUCGGCACAACGGCCGUGACUUUGAGUAUUGUCCCGAUUUAGAUCCAGAAAUAACGAAACAUAUCACACCACGACGAAAGAAGAAUAAGAAGCCUCUACCUACCGAAUGCGUUUUUUGUCGAAACAAUGGUGAGGAAGAAACUUAUUAUCGACAGCAUCUGCUGAAAGAUGUCGACGGUCGUAUUCUGUGUCCCGUUCUCAGGGCUUAUACGUGUCCAAUCUGCGGCGCGUGCGGUGACGUAGCCCAUACCGUCAAAUACUGUCCAAAAGGUCCUUACAACCCUAAUUCUAUAAGCACGGCGAACGCCUUCAAACUCCUGAGGAAUUCAGUGGGCAAGCGUCGUGGAAAGAAAGAAUAAGAAGUUCUCGACCAGUCUGAAAUCGUAUCAACCUGCUGGAAAAGGACUAUAUUCGCAUGCACGAAUGGCAACAACUGGACAUUGGUUUAUGACGGAUGGUAUAAUAUCCUAGAGUUUAUGACGAACCGUCAUAAACUCUAGGAUAUUAUUCGCGUAUAGUAAUUCUCUUUUGUACUUAACUCUUAUGCCUAUAUAUAUAUAUAUGCUGACAACAUUUGGUGCAAUCUCACAUUUACGCUGAGAAACGUUAGUUUUGGAACGAAAACCAAAGUUAAUUUUGUAAUUAGUUUUAUACCGCUUUUAUUUACUCGCGGUAGAAUCAGUUGUAUAGAAUGUGCUGAUGAAAAUGAGGUUUGAUUUAGAACCAGCAGUUUAAGCGUACUUCGAGUUACGCGAAUUAAAUCGGGCGAAACGAUUCAGCGUGUUAGCAUACCAAAGUAAAGAAAUAUUCGUAUUUUCGUGAAUCAUAAUAAAACGCACAGUCAAAUAUAUCAUUUGUGUUUCGAAAGUUUAAAGUACCGAACUUCAUGGUAUAUUUAGAUAAGAUAAGAUUCGAGGAAACUCUUGAAUUCCUCGUAAUGUUAUACAUUUAUUGAUACAAAAUUUACACAAUCUUAUUAAUAUUAUAUUCGAUUGAAUUAUAUCUCAUACAACAAUAGAGCGUUUUAUCA